AUGUGUGACGAGGAAGAGACCACUGCCUUGGUGUGUGAUAACGGCUCUGGGCUGGUAAAGGCUGGGUUCGCCGGUGAUGAUGCCCCCCGGGCUGUCUUCCCUUCUAUUGUGGGUCGUCCUCGUCACCAGGGUGUGAUGGUGGGUAUGGGACAGAAGGACAGCUACGUAGGAGACGAGGCCCAGAGCAAAAGAGGCAUCCUCACCCUCAAGUACCCCAUCGAGCAUGGCAUUAUUACCAACUGGGAUGACAUGGAGAAGAUCUGGCAUCACACAUUCUACAAUGAGCUGCGUGUGGCCCCUGAAGAGCACCCAGUCCUACUGACUGAAGCCCCUCUCAACCCCAAGGCCAACAGGGAAAAGAUGACUCAGAUCAUGUUUGAGACCUUCAACGUCCCAGCAAUGUAUGUGGCCAUUCAGGCUGUCCUCUCCCUGUACGCCUCUGGCCGUACCACUGGUAUCGUGCUGGAUGCUGGCGAUGGUGUAACCCACAAUGUGCCAGUAUAUGAAGGUUACGCUCUUCCUCACGCCAUCAUGAGGUUGGACUUGGCCGGCCGUGACCUGACUGACUACCUCAUGAAGAUUCUCACAGAGAGAGGUUACAGCUUUGUCACCACUGCUGAGCGUGAGAUUGUGAGAGACAUUAAGGAGAAGCUGUGCUAUGUGGCUCUGGACUUUGAGAAUGAAAUGGCCACAGCUGCUUCCUCCUCCUCACUUGAGAAAUCCUAUGAGUUGCCAGAUGGACAGGUCAUCACCAUUGGUAAUGAGAGGUUCCGCUGCCCAGAGACCCUCUUCCAGCCCUCCUUCAUUGGUAUGGAGUCUGCUGGUAUUCAUGAAACCACAUAUAACGGCAUUAUGAAGUGUGACAUUGACAUCCGUAAGGACCUUUACGCGAACAACGUACUCUCAGGUGGCACUACCAUGUACCCAGGUAUCGGUGACCGCAUGCAGAAAGAGAUCACAGCUCUGGCACCAAGCACCAUGAAGAUCAAGAUGAUUGCCCCCCCUGAGAGGAAGUACUCAGUAUGGAUUGGCGGCUCUAUCCUGGCCUCCUUGUCCACCUUCCAACAGAUGUGGAUCAGCAAGGAUGAGUAUGAGGAGGCUGGACCUUCCAUCGUCCACAGAAAGUGUUUCUAA